AUGCCUACUGGUCUUCGAUUACCAAUUACACCGAUUUAUCGUUCUACACGUGAGGAUCAAUAUAAUCAAGCAUGUAUGGGACUUCAAAAAACAAAUAGUUCAUCGGUGAUACCACUUUGCCAUGUAUCUGCUGAAGUAUGGAUUCAUUCAUAUGCAGCCGAUGUUACUUUAACUCAAAUAUAUAUCAACCAGGAAAGUAAUCCAAUCGAAGCAAUCUACGUAUUUCCCAUCGAGGAAAAUGCGGCUAUAUAUGAAUUUACAGCUACAAUUGACGAUCGUCUGAUUACGGCUGAAGUGAAAGAAAAACGAGAAGCCGAAGCUCAGUAUACACAUGCAAUUCAACAAGGUCAAACAGCUGUAUUACUACGACAAAGUGAACGAACAUUUGAUACCUUCAGAAUUAAUGUCGGAGCCCUGCCACCGGGUAAAGAAUGUAAAGUGAAGAUUCGGUAUGUCACAGAAUUGGAUUUGAUCGAUGGAUCUUCUAUUCGAUUUGUUGUUCCUACUACCAUUGCACCUCGAUACGAUCCAAGAUUUGGUACUUCGCAAUGGAAUGAUGAAACACAAGCUCAGUAUGUUCAAAACUCACCGUAUUCAAUGUCGUUUCGAGCACAUGUCGAUCGAGGCGAAUACUGCCAAAUUAACGAAGUGGUUAAUAUGUCUCAUCCUCUCAAUGUCAGCGUAUCGCUUCAAACAAUCGAUGUCUCUUCAGAAGGCAUUGCACUCGAUCGUGAUAUUAUCCUAUAUAUUGAUUUGCCUCAGAGUCCAUGUCCAGUACGUGUUGCUGCAGAACAAUACGAUAAUGAUUCAAAACUUGCUAUUCUUACUGCACUAAGUCCUGGUCAAUCAAAUUUUGACUCAAUACUUAAUGCACAAAAUCCAAUCACAGCAACAACUGAAUUUAUCUUCAUUGAUUUUCGAGUUCUUUUCAAUGAUGUGAUUAUGACUACUGUGUACGACGAACAAACGGCCAAGCAAGCUGAAGAUUUAGCACGUUCGAUGCGAGCAGAUUUGGGUGGCACAGAAUUACUAAGACCAUUACAAUAUUUGAAAGAUCGUCCACCGGGUAGUGGUCGAUCGCGACAAGUGAUUGAACUGUGCCGUUUAAUGUCAUCAACUACACGCAUUUUCUCAUUUGGUCUUGGCCAUUCACCUUCUCGUUCUUUAGUGAAAGGUCUUGCUCGUGCCACAAAUGGCCAUUUUAUUUUUAUUCCUCCUAGUUCCAGAGUCGAUACAUACGUAGGCACUCAAAUUCAACGAGCUCUUCAACCUUCAUUUGUUAAUUGUCGAUUGCAAUGGUUUGGCUUGUGGCCAAGUGGUUCUCAAGCGCCAAGAACUAUUCCUCCCGUAUAUUCAAAUGAACGUGUACUUGUCUAUACUCUAUUCGAUAAUUUCAUAUUCACUGAAUAA